AUGAGCGCAGAAGCACUAUUUUCUCUUCAAAACCAGUCCACCACCGUUGAAUACAGCGGGAAGGUCCCUGUGGAGCACCUGGACUAUGAUUACAUUGGAAAAUGUAAAGAUGUUAAGUACCUGGAGAAGAUCUUGAGAGCACUGAGGUCUGGCGACGAGGGCAUUUAUCCUCAUCUGAUUAAGUUCUGUGAGGAUCACUUGGCGAAACUGGACCCCAGGAGCCGAGUUCUCAGGAAGGAAAACCCUGUGGCCACAGCAGCCAGCCUCUCUUCUGAUGAGUGGAGCCAAAUUGUUGAUGAGUUGAAGACAUGGCAGGAAGAAACCAAAAAGACUGAGACUUCACUAAAACAGCACUCAAUGUUUGAUGAUCUAGUCAAUGAAAAUAUGCCACCUAUAAGAGGUUCCAAUUGCUCUGUUCCACUUAGUCAGACUUCAGUUCCAAAACAAAAGAAGAAUUCUUCAAAGCACACUCUCCCACGUGAUUAUCGAGAAUGGGACAAGUUAGAUGUCGAAAAAGAAUGUCAUGGAGUCGAUGGAAAUCUGGCCAAAAAUGAUCCACCUGUCAUCAUAAACACAAGACACAAAAUCAAGACUAAAGUGGAUGCUUCAUUGCUGACACAACAAGAAAAGCUCCUUCUGGCAAAUCGAGAAAAGGACAAAGGAAACGAGGCUUUCAGAGCAAACGAUUACGAGGAGGCGGUUGCAUACUAUUCCAGGAGCCUUUCCAUUAUACCAACAGUGGCUGCGUACAACAACAGAGCCCAGGCAGAAAUCAAUCUUAAGCACUGGCACAACGCCAUGAGAGACUGUCUGAAUGUACUCGAGCUGGAGCCAGGCAAUGUGAAAGCUCUGCUACGUCGUUCCGCUGUUUGUAAUCACAUGGGCAACUUCCAAAUGGCUGCUGAAGACCUGAGGGUGGUGCUCAGCAAAGAGCCGCAGAAUGCUGCAGCCACUAAACUCCUGUCUGAAACGGAAAAGAAGCUGAGGGAAUGUCAACCAGAGCCGCAGAGCAAAGGCAAAAAAAUCCUCAUCCAAGAGGUAGAAGAGGAGGACAAAUGUAACAACGACACCAACGCAGAACAGACUGCUCAUCCGGUUGAACCCAGCCAGCCUGUGGGAGGGGAGGAGAGCUCAGCUGCUCCUACCGAAAGGGGAGACAUGGGGAACGCUCAAAAAAAGCCCCACAGCAGAGGGGACGGGGGUCUUCACAGUGAGUCCAACAACUCCCAUCAUGGACACUGGAGGGGCAAAGGAGGAAGCUCUGACAAGUACAAAGUCACGCAGGAGUCUAAGGAAAAGGUAGUCAAUGGAACGAGCAAGAGGGGAUCGACAGCUUCAGUCCCGGCAGAACAGAGUAACAGCGGGAAAGAAACUCCAGUUGGAGGAAACGCAAGGGAAACUGUCAACCUUGAUGCCCCGUGUGGAGCCCUGCCCCCACCUCUGUCCCCGCUAAAGAAUGAAGGAAACCUGCUGUUUAAAAACGGACAGUUUGCUGAUGCACUGGAGAAAUACUCACAAGCCAUUCAAGGCUACACAGAUUUAGGGCUCGACAGUCCAGAGGAUCUGUGCGUUCUGUAUUCAAACAGAGCAGCUUGCUACCUUAAAGAUGGCAACAGUCAAGAGUGCAUACAGGACACCACAAGAGCCCUGGAGCUGCAGCCAUUCUCCCUCAAGCCCCUCCUGCGCCGGGCCAUGGCUUACGAGUCCCUGGAGCGCUACCGUAAGGCCUACGUGGAUUAUAAGACAGUCCUGCAGAUAGACAUCGGCGUGCAGGCAGCACACGACAGCGUCAACAGGAUUACCCGGCUGCUGAUUGAGCAGGAUGGCCCAGAGUGGAGAGAGAAACUUCCGGAAAUUCCCCUGGUGCCUCUAUCAGCUCAGCAGCAUCGCAGAGAGGAGCCACCUAGCGCUGAGGUUCUCCAGGCUCGAGCAGAGAAGGCGGCCAGAGACGCAGAGAGGAGAGCAGAGGUGCGUUUCACAGCUUUAAAGCAAGAUGGGAACGACUUUGUGAAGAAGGGCCAAUACCAGGACGCACUGGGAAAGUACACUGAAUGCCUUAAGCUAAAGCCAGAGGAGUGUGCUAUCUACACCAACAGAGCCCUGUGCUACUUGAAGCUGGAGAGGUUUGCUGAGGCCAAGCAGGACUGUGAUGCAGCACUGAAAAUAGAGCCAACCAAUAAGAAGGCCUUCUACAGACGAGCAAUGGCCAAUAAAGGCCUCAAGGACUACCUGGCGUGCAGUUCUGACCUGCAGGAGGUGCUGCAGCAGGAUCCCAACGUGCAGGAGGCUGAGAAGGAGCUGGAGGAGGUCACAGUGCUGCUCAGACAGAGUCUAGCCCACGCCAACUCUUCACCAGCCAAACCCAGAAAGACUGUUCCCAUCACAGAGGUCGACGGUGACGAGGAAUCAUCAGGUGUUCCCGACUCAGUGAGCGGUCACAGUGGAGAGGACAUCACCAUCAAAAUUCAGCCAACCGACGCCUACGAGUUCGGUCAGGCUCUGAACGCAGCUCGCUGUAGCAGAAACACGGCGGCCUGCGCUGACCUGCUGGCGGCCACGACCCCGGAGAUGCUCCCCCAGUUCCUGAGCACCCAGCUGGACGGAAACACCAUCAGCUUCAUCAUGCAGGCGCUGGACUCACAUCUCCUGGAUAAAGACCCCAACCUGGUCUACCAACACCUCAACCAUCUGCACACUGCUGACAGGUUCUCGGUCGUAUUGAUGCUGCUGGAGAAGGACGAGCGUCGUCACAUGACUCAGCUGUUUGAGCAUCUGUCUGCUGUUCAGAGCACAGAGUUCACUAAGAACGAUGUUCAGAAUCUGGCCAACAAAUACAUCUGACCCUCCUGCCCCCCCACCCCCCCACCCCCCACCCCCUGCUCCCUGCUGCAUGAGCUGCUGCACCACUACGACUCUUGGAUCUAUGCAAAAACACUGCACAAGAACUGAGUACACAAAGGCAGGAAGCUGCAGAAUGUGCCCCAGAGCGAUACAAUGGAACUGAGUCACCUUCACUCGACGGCUCUGUGCUGUAAACCAUCUGAUCUCUAUGUUUGACUCACAGGAUAAGGAAUAUAUUUUUCUCUCCAGAACGUUUUGCUAUGCAGAUUUACUUUUGUACCACCACUUGCAUUGUACAGCAGGCAGACGGCGGGAUAAUACGGACCUUUAAUUUUAGUGUAUUGAUAAAUAGGGUCCAAUGUUCAAUGUUAUGUAAGGCUACAGGCGAGCGUUUCCCUUCCAGGCAGGUGAGUUUGCUCAGAACAGGCUCACGUUCCCAGAACUGAGCAA